AUGCGGCUACAAUUUGUGUUUCUCACCGUAACUACUUUCAUGCUCAUCGGCACGCAUCUGGCGGAGACUGUGCGCAAGAUUAACAUCACUACGCUCGUCAGCGUAGGUAGUCGUACGUCUAGUGACCAUGUCGACCCUCAGGAUAAGCGAGAUUCCGACGCCUCUUCCACCGAAACAGACGACUGUAGCGCGCAGAUCGUACCCAUAAGCUGUUUUGCUGUUACCAAGAGCUCUGCUUCAAGUGCUGCUUCAAGCAGGACAUCGAGCACGAUAUCAAGCACGAGCAGCACACCCAGCACGACGGUGGCCACGCCGACAAACUCAACAUCUACCACGUCAAGCGCGGCCUCCACCACUACAAACAGCGCCGAUCAUCCCAGAGAUUGCUUUGAAGCCGGCAAAGUUUGCGCGGACAUGUUUGGCAAUAUAACCACGCUCUGGAACGUACUCCCCGCCAACGUACCCCCGUCUAGCCUUGACAAAAAUUUCACCAACAUCUUCUGCGACCCCAUAAGGCGCGAGGAGCGCGAGGAAGUGCAGAUGGUCCAUUGCCGCGCAUGCUCCGAUGUUGACUCCAGCACGCACGACAUCUGGGACUCCUUCGAGAAGACGGUGAAGGGGUUCUGUACUGCUCCCUCGCCCUCCUCCGUCUAUGUGCUGUCCAAGAAAUUGCUGGCUUUUGCAAAAGAUCUAGUGAUUGACCCGUUGGGCGUGCAGCCUGAGGGGUUUGAUCCCGUCGUUGAGUUCAUGGUCACAGAAUGGGAGUGGCUGGGGGCAAAUAAGACGACAAGUACGGAUACGGCGACAACGACCGGUGGAGGGGGAGGAGGGGGAGCUACGGCUGUGCCCACGAAGGGUUUGAGCCAACUUCCUAAUAAUUGGCCUUAUACGAGGGCCGCGGUUGCGAGGAGGCCGGGCCAGACCGCUACGUUCACGGUUACCAAAGAGGGUGGGGAGGCGGAAUUUGUGGUUGUGGAGGAGAUGCUGUGGUGA